CAAGAAGAUGCCCCUCACACGCCGUCAGACGUCUGUUGGCGUUGCUAUGUCCGUCAUCCUCAGAGCAUCAGCUGUCAAAAGAUUAGAUGCCCACGCUGUGGUCCUGUGUGGAAAAUAUUCCACAAACUUUCUUCGCCACCAAGGAAGAGGAAGAUGCGAUAAUAGUUCGUAUAAAUAAGGGAAGACUGAAGCCGUUCUUGGAAACAUCUCAGGAGUGGAGUGAAGAGUGAAAAGUAGAGUGAAGAGUGAAGAGUCUGGAAUGGCGAUGGCUAAUGGCAAUAAUGUUCACGAUAUCAAAUCUCUCCUCUCAUCAACAGGGAGAGACUUCCUUGUCCGGAACAACGGCGAACAGGUGAAAUGUGACAAUUUGAGUGGGAAGCACAGAGGGCUAUAUUUUUCAGCCUCAUGGUGUGGGCCAUGUCGGCGUUUCACUCCAAAUUUAGUGGAUGUCUAUAAUGAACUCUGUCCACAGGGUAAUUUUGAGAUAAUCUUUGUUACGGCAGAUGAAGAUGAAGAUUCAUUCAAUGAGUAUUUCUCCAAGAUGCCAUGGCUUGCAAUCCCUUUCUCUGACUCAGAGACACGUGAUAAGCUUGACAAGUUGUUCAUGGUGAGGGGGAUACCCUACCUUGUGAUUCUUGAUGGGAAUGGCAAAGUUGUAAGCCAGUCUGGUGUUCAAAUCAUUAGUGAUUAUGGAGUGGAAGGGUACCCAUUUACGGCAGAAAGAAUCACGGAGCUAAAAGAGCGAGAGGAGGCAGCCAGAAAGGCACAGUCAUUGAGUUCCAUAUUGGUUUCACGGUCCCGCGAUUUUUUAGUUUCAAAUGAUGGGAAUAAGGUUCUAGUCUCUGAGCUUGAAGGGAAGACAGUAGGUCUAUAUUUCUCCAUGUCUUGUUAUUGCAUCGAAUUUACUCCAUUACUUGUGGAGGUUUAUGAGAAACUGAAGGAGAAAGGAGAGAAAUUUGAAGUCGUCUUAGUCUCCCUUGAUGAAGAUGAAGAUGAAACAUUCAAGAAAGAUUUCCAGAAAAUGCCCUGGCUUGCAUUGCCCUGCAAGGAUAAGAGCUGUAACAAGCUGGUUCGAUACUUCGACCUCGAGACUGUUCCCACGUUGGUUAUAAUAGGUCCGGAUGGAAAAACUCUGAACCCCAAUGUUGCUGAGAUUAUUGAAAAUCAUGGCAUUCAGGCCUACCCAUUCACACCCGAAAAGUUGGAAGAGCUUGCAAAGAUAGAGGAGGCAAGACUAGAUGCACAAACUCUAGAUUCAAUUUUGGUUCUGGGGGAUCGAGAUUUUGUGAUCAGUAAAGAUGGAACCCAGAUUCCGAUCUCUCAGCUUGUGGGAAAGAAUAUUCUCCUAUACUUCUCCGCAGAAUGGUGUCCUCCAUGUCGUGCUUUUCUGCCUAAGCUGAUUAAUGCUUACCGUGAGAUCAAGACAAUGGAUGAUGCAUUUGAAGUGAUAUUCAUAUCAAGUGAUAGUGACCAAGCUUCCUUUGAUGAAUUCUUUUCUAAGAUGCCAUGGUUGGCCCUGCCUUUCGGUGAUGAAAGGAAGAAGUUUUUAAGCCGUGUGUUCAAGAUUUCUGGUAUCCCUACUGCCAUAGCAAUUGGGCCCACUGGCAAGACUGUCACCAAGAAUGCCAGGGAACUUUUGAUGGUUCAUGGGGCUGAUGCCUAUCCUUUCACUGAAGAGCGCUUGAAGGAAAUUGAGGUAAAGCUUGAGGAGCUUGCAAAAGAAUGGCCUAAGAAGGUGAAGCAUAUGCUCCAUGAGGAGCAUGAACUUGUGCUUACUCGAUGUCCAAUUUACAACUGCGAUGGGUGUGAGGAGGAAGGCCAUAGCUGGUCCUUCCAAUGCAAAGAAUGUAACUUUGAUCUCCAUCCAAAGUGUGCUCUGGAGGAAGACAAAAGUGAGAAAGAUGGCGUUGAAGAUGUUGAUGCUGAUACUGGUGAUGGCAUUGAGCAAGCUUCCAAGGAAGGAUGGACAUGUGAUGGAGAGGUUUGCUAUAGAGCUUGAGGAGUUGAAUAUACCUUAAAUUGGAACUUAGGCACCAUGUUGUUUGGUUGUAGACCUAAUCGUCUUACUUGAAAUGUAUUCAUAGUGCUGCCCUGUUUGUUUGUUUGUUUGUUUGUUUGUUUGUUUUUUUUUUUUUUUUUUUUUUUUUUUUUUUUUUUUAAGCAUAUAUAGACAGGUUUGGCUGUGUUGGAGAUUAAACUAUAUCUGGAUAUGGUUGGUUCUGUUGUAUCUCUCUCUCUUGUAGAAUAUGUUGACAGUAAUUCAUUCCUACAAAGAUGUCAGGGAAAGAGAUGGGUGAUAUUGUUUGAAUUUGCCACUGUAUGCACAGAGAGGAAUGGGUCAGUAUGUAAUACAUUUGAACUAAAUAAAAAUCAUAGCCUAAUUCCUAAACAAA